ACACACUGUCCUUUUUGCUAUCUGGUCUGCUACUCUCCACCAUGUUUCUACGUCUCCUGGUCCUGCUGUUGGUUGUGGCGCGGUGCAGCCGGGCUCAGCCCGUGGACAACCGGGACGAGCUGAACAGUGUUCGAGCGUCUCUGGAGAAUCUGAAAGCCGACAGACGAGCCAUGAUGGAUCGUCUGGAUGAGGCCGAGAGGGAGCUGAAGACAGUCCAAGAAAGUCCAAAAGUGGCCUUUGCUGCCUCGCUGGGAGGAAACGGCGCCCAGAAGACGACAUCCGGAAACCAAGAUCUUAUCUACAGGGAUGUCCUGACCAACGUGGGCGGGGCUUAUAAUGCCGCUACAGGAGAGUUCACAGCACCCAUUCGCGGCGUCUACUACAUCCGCUUCACCGCCAACGCCCCCACCGACUUCCCAAUGAGUGCUGUGCUCUACAAGAACAACGCUGAGAUCCAGCUCAUUGCCCACGAGCAGCCGUCGGGCGAGGGCAGCGACACGGCGUCAAACGGUGCCGCCCUGCUGCUGGAGAAGGGUGACAAGCUGAAGAUGGUGCUGUGGCACAACACCCAGAUUUGGGACAACAGCAAUCAUCACAGCACGUUCAGUGGCUUCCUGGUCUUCCCCUGGGUGGAUGAGCCUACGAUGAAGUUUGACGUUGAAUCAGAGAUGAAAAGCCUUCUAGCGUCAGUGUCGCGGGUCCAGGCUGACAAUUCAGAACUCAAAGACCGCCUGGAGACCACGGAGAAGGAGCUGAUGGCCAUGAGAGAUGUGCCAAAGGUGGCGUUUGCGGCGUCGCUGGGUGGUAACGGUCUUCAGAAGACAACGUCAGGAAAUAAGAAGCUCCUCUACAAAGACGUGCUGACUAAUGUCGGCGAGGCGUACAACCCGGAGACAGGAGAGUUCACAGCUCCCGUUCGCGGCGUCUAUUACAUCCGCUUCACCGCCAACGCCCCCACCGACUUCCCAAUGAGCGCCGUGCUCUACAAGAACAACGAACAGAUCCAGCUCAUCGCCCACGAGCAGCCGUCGGGCGACGGCAGCGACACAGCGUCCAAUGGCGCCACGCUGCAGCUGGAGAGGGGCGACAAGCUCUCGCUGUACCUGUGGCACAACACUCAGAUUUGGGACAACAGCAACCACCACAGCACCUUCAGCGGCUUCCUGCUCUUCCCCUUGUGAGGGUGGCGGCCAUCUUGACACACACGCAGGGGUCAGGGGUCACUAAAUAAACGUUGAUUGAUGGCUUUUCAGACUACAGGUGAAAAUGUGCUUUGUAGCUAAAACUAAGUACUGUACCUGUUUUAAAUAAAUUCAAAAACGAAUAUUUUA